AUGGUGGCUGUGGCUCUGCUGCAGCUUUCGACCGCCGGUAAUGGUGGCCUGUGCGGAACCCGUCUCACCGGGAUGGGCAACUCGAGGGGCGGUGCUUCCCACGGAGUUCCACGCGGACUUCGAAGACAGUCCAUGACGAGGUGGGCGAUGAGCUGUUACUCCUCACUUUCGGGCCUUGCUUAUUUGGUUUUUCUCGCUUCUACAUCUUGAUCUCAGCAUCGCCGCCGCUAUAUGCUUUGAAUUUGGUUGCCAGUUUCUCGUAUUUCCUCCCCCCUGACGAGCUUCGAGCGCCGUUUUCCUCCUCUGCCGUGAAAGACGCCAUAUUUUAUCUCUUUGCUGCUCCAAAUUUCCUGAAUGAGAAUUUUCGAAACAUGGGAGCUGAGAGCAGCCCAAUUCUUGUGCUCGCCCAGAUGAUCUUGUUUCUUUACUUCGGUCGAUCUCGGGCUUUUUUUCUUCGGUGUCGAAUCAGUGAUCACAGGUAGAAUGCCCGUAAGUGUGAUAUGAUCUCAUAACAUGUGUAUUAACAUCCGGAACGCAGGAAGAGCUACCCAAAGGCCUGAUUUUUGCUGCUCCAAGUUUCCUGGAUAGGAAUUUUCGAAACGUGGCAGCUGAGGCCAGCCCAGUUCUUGUGCUCGCCCAGAUGAUCUUGUUUCUUUAAUUCGGUCGAUCUUGUUCUUCUGUGUUGAAUCAGUGAUCACAGGCAGAAUGCCCGUAAGUGUGAUAGGAUCUCAUAGCAUGUGUAUCAACAUCUGGAACGCAGGAAGAGGCACCCGAAAACCUGAUUUUCGUUUUAGAUUAUACAAAUUACUUAAUGCCUACCACAUAGCUGUCUCCAUUUUUCUUUGUUGUUAUGGACAGUGUGAAGACAAUUUGUUUUCAGCAUCAGGAAGGAAAAUUUCUGAAUCCAGAGGAAAGUCCCAUUGAUUGUGUAGAGAAAGUUCUAAAGUCUCGAUUUAUGUAAAAGAGAUGUAAAGUACUGAAUCUCAUCGUAAUCUUGUAUUAUGUGGAUGACAGAACUAUGAUAAAGCGAGAUUAUUUCCAUUUGAUCCCAAAUAGAAAUACAAUGAAAGUCAACUACUGAUACGGCUGCAAUGCUGAUAAUCUUACAGGUGCCAGUCAACUACCAAAGAAGCAAAAACCAAUCGAAAUCUACUGGACAAUGCAAGCAAUCUUCUAACCAAUUUGUUGAGCGGAUCAGCCCUUGGAUCAAUGCCAACAGCUGAAGGCGCAGUGACUGAUCUCUUUGGACGCCCUCUUUUCUUCUCACUUUAUGAUUGGUUUAUAGAGGUGACAUACCCUCUUGUUUUCUAAUUCAUUCUGAGAUUCCUUUCAUCUGAGUAUUGAAAACGAAUACUGGAAGUCAUAUGUCCUACAGAGGUUUUUAAUCUGAAAGACUAAAUGAAAUAAAAACUCAGUUGACCCAUUGUGUAAAAUGAAAUGAAAUUCAUUGUGAUUUAUUUUUAGGCUUCUUAUUCGUGAGAGAUGUACAGAUUACUAUUUUUAUAUGAACAUGCAUUGAGAAAUGUUUUCUUGUUAUACCACAUCUUAGAAUUUCUGCUCAUGCUUUCAGUAAACCAAUGUUAAGAAAAAUCUGGCUUUCAUUGCUUCCAUAAAGCUAAUUAGAUCACGAUAAGAACAUGUAGCUGAUAAGAAUCGGUCCCUAGUCCCUACACGCUUGGAAUUUUCGUUGGAAAUUGUCAAAUAUUCCUUUCCCAUACUGAACCUGAUGUACAUACACUUACAUUUUCUUGAAACUGGAAUUGAUAUAUUUUUAUGCAUCAUUACUCGCUUAUGUGUAUAUUUAUGUUUAUAUACUGUCACUCUGAACAAAUCCUGCUUAUAUCUAAUUAACUUUGGCAACUGCUAGGUAUUGUUUGCACAGUAUACUUAAUUAUGCAGUUAGUAAUGACUAAAGAAAUAUACUUCUACUUUUCUGACUGGUACUCUCAACUUGUGGACAUUAUUAAAAAUCCUUGGGAGAAGAGAGUGUUUGCAAGUUUUUUGGAUGGAUUUGGAUUUUUUCUUUUCCCAUGCUGCUUUCCCUGCUUAGUCUUAAUUAUUGUGUCAGCAGCAUGGUUCUGUGUAUAGACUUGCUUUCGGACCAAAGUCAUUUGUGGUGGUAUCAGAUCCGAUUGUGGCAAGAUAUAUUCUCCGAGAGAAUGCAUUUUCUUAUGACAAGGUACGCUUUUAUAUUCUUGGUUUCACUUUGUUUUAUAUCAUUGAAUUCGCCCAUAGACAUUGUUAUUGAGUAUUGCUUCUGAAAAUUUAAUGCAGCUUUUCUCAUCUUCUGCUUAUUAUUAACAUUAUUAAAUCUCAGAUUAGGGAAAAUACAAACUUGAUGAAACUGCAUGAUGAUGGAGGAAUGCUAGAAAAAAUAAUUUUAGCGGUUAUGUCACUUAUUCAUUGAGAGAAAUUAUAUAUUCUUCGGAUAGCUAUGUUCAGUGGAAUUUAAUUUGAUGAUGUUGGAAUGCCUUCUAAACGUCACUCUUGGGCAAAUGAAUUUCUGUUGUCUUUACAUCGGGAGAUUGUAAUCCUCUUGAUAAAUAUGGGGAGAAAGCCCUACUUUUUCAAUAUUUGCAAGUAUUAACAGUAUGGUGUUCUUCAAGAGCGCUGGAUAUUAAGCUGGAUAUUUUACCAUAUUUGUGCACGGUAAAAAUAUGUUUCAUUGCACAGUGGCUUAUAGAAAAAUUCAUCACCAAGCUCAUGAUUGUAGAGGCACAAUGGAGCUUUGGCUCUUAAUGUUGUUGAAAGCUUGAAAGGUUAUGCAGACUGAGAAGCCGAGAAGCAGGCCCCUUUUUGUGGUUGGCUUCUAUAUCUUGGAAAUAUAUUACAUAUCCUAAGAAAAAUACCCAUUUCUUGGGGUUCAUAAUGAAUUCCUCCUCAGAACUCAUUGAGUGAAAAUGAGUCCAGUUCCCUUAAAAAUUUGAAAAAAAAGUACCAGAAUUCUAACGCAAUCAACUAAAUUUAGUUUUCUCCCUUCUUAAUACUUGCGCCACACUUUGAUUUUCGAUGAUAAUAAAUUGUAUGAUUAGAUGAACUAACAGGUAGGAACAACUCGAAAUGACGUGCAGGCCUUUGUUGAGAUGGAAAAUAAUGUUGAUCCACUUUUCAGAUCAUCUACUUCUGGCUUUGUUUGGAGACAUCGACAAGGAAGAUGGGAAUUGCUCUAGACAGCUUCACUGCUCGUUGGGAAUCUAUCUAGAGAAAUCGAAUGCCACAUAUUCCAUUGGAUGAGUUUGGGUAAGGCCAGUAUAGCUGAGUCCACUGCUCACAACUGAUGUCAGUUGGGUGGUGGCCGACUGGUGCUAGUUUCAGGCAAGAAAAUGUUACGGAAGACUAUGUAGCAAUCAAUUCUGUCCCUAAAUUAAAAAGAAACACCAAAUAGUGAAAUAAAUGUAUUAAAUGGUCAUUGGUUCUGGAACUGGGUUCAUAUAAUUAGUGUUUAGACAAAAGGAAUGAUCAUGAUUCUCACUGCAUGAACAUGUGAUGAUGGAUUUUCCCCCCUUCUUUCUUUGUAAAAUCAAAUGAAAAGCACCGAAUCAUUCAUUAGGAGGGAUAGUAAAUCACUAUGGUAUUUAUCUGUUGCUGUUGACAUAAUUAUCUAGGUUUGGUAUAAAGCAUCUUACUACGUCAUAAAUUUAAACGAUGCUAUAUCAAUUUUUUAUUUAAGAAACUAUUUUUCAUGUCUUUUAAUCUUUCAAAUUAAACUUUCAUACGAAGGAUCACUGGCAUGCUCUGACUGGUGGAUUCAGUCGAGGGUAUAUAUAUGCGUUGGCUGAAUCUUGCAUUCCUGCAGUUAUAUCCCACUUUCUUUUUUAGGUGAAUCUACUGACCAUUGGCUUGAUUUGGUCAACUGGGGUAUGAUGAGAAUUACUCUGGUUGACUCGGUUGUAGGACCCUGACCCUGUAUAUUGCUAUUUUUCCUUACUUUUAAAGUUCGGAAAAAAGUUUAUGUUUUUCAUUGAGUAACAAUCUUUUGAAGAAAUCUAAUCUCUGAAAGAGCUACCCUAUGCCCUUCCCUGGUAUAUUGUAUCGCAAAGUCCUCUCCGAAACAAUUUGCAGUUUGAUUCCUUGAUGACAAGUCUGGUUUUUCUUUUCUUGGACCUGGGGAAUUUUUUAACUUUGCAAGCUGGAAGCCUUGAUACCUUUUCCCUAACCUCGUCAUGGCAAAAUCGUAAAGAGAAUUGAUACAUUCUUGGCUGUAUAUUUUUCCCAGGGAGUGCUUGCUGACAUCCUAGAACCUAUAAUGGGGAAAGGGCUAAUUCCAGCAGAUCUAGACACCUGGAAGCAGAGAAGAAGAGGUUUGUAUUGUGUACACUUCAGUCAGUUUUCAUCUUCCUGGCGAUUGGCGUUAGUCUGAUAAUAAUUUUUUUUCUUUAUCCUUGUAGUCAUUGCUCCGGGAUUUCAUUCUUUGUUCCUCGAAGCCAUGGUUAAAGUUUUCACAAACUGUUCAGAGAGAACCAUAUCGAAAAUUGAGUCGCUUCUAGAUAAUGAUGCCAGCAAAGGAGAGGAAAUUGAAUUGGAUCUUGAGGCAGAGUUCUCAAGUCUGGCACUUGAUAUUAUUGGGUUGGGUGUGUUCAACUAUGACUUCGGUUCUGUCACAAAAGAAUCCCCUGUGAUUAAGGUUUUGACCCCAAAACUUAUUUCUCUUAUGGCCAUUUAAAUUUUUUAUGUUUGAUCAGUUUUUUUUCUCUCUCCUAACCUCCUGGACAGUUCUUGAUAUGGUCAUGCUCAAUCUCCAAUUUAGCCCUGAAAUGCAACAUAAUCCUUACUUUUCCGAUUUCUACAUAUAUUAUGCGAUUAUUAAACAAUUCGAGCUCAUCUUCUCUCCGAAAAGAUGUUUAAUUUUGUGAUUAUGCAAAAAUUAGUUAAUAAAUCAUUGAAUGGAAUAUGGUAAAUUCAAAAGAUAAAAAUGGAAGAGAAUGAGAUCUAACUGGGUGCAUAAAUGCUGCAUCUGGGUGCUGAGGGGACGUUUUCAAUGGGAAUCAUCAGAUGGAAAUGUGAAUUCAUUUGUGAUGAAUAACCACUCGCUAACUCACAAGCAGGCCUCUCAGAGAGCUCUAUUGUAACAGAUGAGUUUACAAUGUGUAGUAGAUAAUCUUUAUUAGUGCGUUGUAAAAGGAAAGUAACUGCUUCAGAACAAGUUGAAAAUAACAGAUGAAUACUUUUUACAUUAUGACUUCUAUAAUAGUAGGAGAUUGAGAGAUUCUGUAAAUAAAAGAAAAGAUUUUCUAUUAAUGCGGUUGCAUAUAGGUUGUCAAAGUAUCUUAUUACCAACAUUGGCAUUUUACAAUGCAGGGAAAUGGUCAUUGAUUUCAAUAACUUUUUUCUCAUAGUAACAACUUCUAGAAUGUCAUCUGGUACCAUACGGCAUUUUGGCAUUCUUUGGCCAUUCCUGUAUCUAGAUGAAUAAAACUUUAACAAUCAUGGAUCUGGAAAAUUAUAUGAUUUAUUUAUUUCAAUGUAGUUCGUAUGUUUUUUUCAAUAUUAUGAUUAUUAUUAAUAAGACGAGACUCUGGAUAGUAACGUCAAAAGUUGUGAAGUUUUACUUAGCUCUCUUAAAUUUUUGACAGGCUGUUUAUGGAACUCUUUUUGAAGCUGAGCACCGAUCAACUUUCUAUAUUCCCUAUUGGAAUCUUCCACUGGCAAGAUGGAUAGUCCCAAGGCAGCGGAAGUUCUAUGGUGAUCUCAAAGUUAUCAAUGAUUGUCUUGAUGAACUUAUCCGAAAUGCAAGAGAAACAAGAGAGGUGAACCAAAAAUCUGGUUAUAAUUGAUUUUAUGGUUUAAGAUAGUCCACAGGGAUUCAGUGGCAGUUAUUAGCUUCAAUCACCUGUCUGAUGGUUCAGAAAUUCUUUUUUAACUUGCUCACAUUACAAAUCUCUUGGAUGUUACAUUCCUAUGAUUUAUAUUAUAUUUAUUAACUCUUGAUGAACGUAUGUCUCUUAAUUUCACAUAAUUACUUUAAUAUUUUAUAUCAUACGACUUCGAUAUUUUCUUCAACAAAAUGGAAAAUUGGAAUGAUGAUCAAACUCAACGAAGGGUAUGGCUGAAAACAUUAACGUUCAUAAAACGAAACGUAAGUGUUUCUAUUCGGAAAAAAAUUAUAGAAAAUUCAUUGAUGUUUGUUUUCUUAAUUUCUGGGGUUUCGUGAAUGAACAGUCAGACUUGUGUUAAAAUAUUCUUCAGUUAAUUUCGGAAGGAAUUAUGGAAGACAUUAUCAGUUUUAGGAUUUAACUUUCUUUUUCUUCUAACCUUGUAUUCCCAACGAUAAUUAUAGAAACAUUUUAAUUUCUUGGGCUUCAUUUUUUCUUGAACUCGACGAGACGUUCGAGUUUAUGUUACUUGAAAAGUUGAUCCAUAUUACUCUAUUUAAUCCAGAGAAAUCCAACAACAUGGCAGACCAACUCUGUUUAUUUGACGAAAUUAGUUGCAUUUAUCAUGUUUGACUCAUACUUUGUGUGGAUAAGAGCCGUGCUAAUAUGCUGAAAAAGCUUUGUUUUUUUCCAGGAAACUGAUGUUGAAAAACUUCAGCAAAGAGACUACUCAUCAUUGAAGGUGGGGCUAGCGUUUAUGAUGGACUAUUAGUAUAUUAUAAAAUUUGAACAAUUAAUAGAGCUGCUUAUAAGUUAUAUCUUGUUAAACCCCUCACCAAUUAGGUUUGUCACUUGUGCUUACAUAGGAUGCUAGCUUACUGCGGUUUCUUGUUGAUAUGCGAGGAGCUGAUGUUGAUGAUCGCCAGGUUAAUACUUAUACCCAAGAUUAUGUGUACAUUCUCAAACUUUAACGCCCUGUAGGUAUUUGGGUACCUUGAGACACUCAAUAUGUAAUUCAGCUUUGUUUGUGUGAACAGCUUAGAGAUGAUCUCAUGACCAUGCUCAUCGCAGGACAUGAAACCACUGCAGCUGUUCUUACAUGGGCUGUUUUCCUACUUGCCCAAGUACGAAAGGAAAUACUUUAUUCUAUAUUUUUAUGCUUCUUAGAAAUUAUUAUGUGGAGAAAUUUCCAGGACUUGAACGAAACUCCUGCUGGAUGAAAGAUAUUUGCCUUUUUCCAUUUUUAACAUCAAUUCUCUGAAGCACAGAACCCUUCCAAAAUGAGGAAAGCUCAGCUGGAGGUGGAUUCUAUACUUGGCCAAGGAAAAGCAACGUAUGAGAGCAUCAAAAAACUAGAGUAGGUCAUUGAACUUAUACUCUAUCACAUUGUGCUGUUGAAGACGUAUUACUAUCGGAACAUCCUAUUUUCCUACUCCCAAAAUUCUUGAAAUACUAUUGACGUAAGAUGUUUCGCUAUACUUGUCACUACUGCCAACUUUUCUUUUCCUUGUUAGAGGUUGGUGUUCUACUGUUAGUAAAGUGAACAGCAUACUACUAUCGGGUUGCUUGAACUGCUGCUUUUUCUAAAGUGGAAUAAUAAAAAAAUACCUUUUAUUUCUGUGAGCUAGCCGCAACUUUUCAUGCUAUGGGUUGCUAGUUACCCUGCAGUAUGAUGGGUUUGUGUGCUUCUUUUAUCGGGGAUUCUAGAUUUGAGGGAGAAUAUACUCAUGCAUUCACUGAAAUUUCCUUAGCUAUCAUACUCCUUUGGCUUCACUUGUAGUCUUAUGUUAUAAGAAAAUGAUAGUGAAUUGUCAUCUUGUCUUAUUUAAUAUGGGGUUAAGUAUCCUUCAUUCCAGGAUCUUCCAGGUAUAGCUGUUUUUCUUGCCUAGAACACAUGUUUCUUGUCUCUGUCUGUUGCUGAUAAGGAUUCAUUGUGUUUUCACCAAUGAAUGAGCAUUAGCCUAUGUAUAACGUAGAUGAAUUCUAUGAUACCAUUGGAUUCAUUGUGACCAUGCUGGAGAAAUCUGUGUCAUUAGUGCUCAUGAACAUGUUUGAGAAGUCUAUGCAAUUUGAAAAAUCCCCUGCCCUCUCAGCAGAUGUAGACUCCACCUAAAGUUGCCAUUAAGUUAGAGGGAAGCUUCUAUUAUAUCUGACCAGAUUGGAGCCUGUGCCCAGUUUUCCGGAUUAUGGGACAAGACAUAGGAGAUUCUCGAAGGAUCUUUUAUUUUUCACCUGAUGUAAUUCUAUGUCGCAUGAACAUUGCAUGUUUAUUCCUCCGUGGCUAUCUGAUCAAACCUUAUUUUACAUCAUCUUGAUCUGAUGAUUACUAAAAUUUUAGUAUAGACCCUAAACGGAUAGCAACAAGUUAUAAUAUGUGCUACGCGAAAACCUUCGCUAAUGCAAAUUUGACUUAUGUAGAAAUCGGGUUCGAAUUCAUGGAUGAUUCUUUUGCCUCUGAAAGUUAUGAACCAUGUAUUAUUUCUAUAUUCGUCCUAUUCAUAAACCUUUGGGAAAUGUACAAGCUACAAAAAUCAAGUACUGCGUAGUAGGGAUGCUGGAGGGCAUGGUGGAGCAAUGAAAAUAUUCUACGGUCAACCCAUGUGGAAUCCUUGAAAGGGCCCACUUCGAGCUGCAGAAAAUUGAUUGACCCGUAUAAAGUUUUUACUUUUAUCAAUAUGCUGCUAUUUCGCAUAAUUUCUGUCUAAAUUAUCUCUCUUUUUUUCAUUUCUUAUGGGAUCCAUGGUAAGUCAAAGUUCAUGUCUGGAAAUCAAUUUACAUUCAUUUUUUUUUUAAGGAUAUUAAUUGAAUUUGGUGAAGCAACAUGAAAAAUAGGUGGGUGGAGGAUUAGUAACUCUUAACUGCUACUCAACCAGACCGGGAUUCAUGAUUCUUUGUCCUCACAAAGUGAAAAAUCUCUACUGUCCACUUUAUCGACAACAUACUCUUGUUUGGCAACUAGAGGGAACCUCUUGCAAGCCUAAGAUGCUCUUGCUUCGCAUCUAGAGUAGGAAACUAUAUGCCUGACAUCUAUAUUUUAAUAUGUGUCUAUUUCUUUGAUUUUGUUUCACUUUCAUCGUUUCUGAAUUACGUGUUUAUAUUGGAAAUUAGGAUAGAAGAGCCCUGUGAAUGACAAGUAAUUGAUUGUAUGUAUUUAGAUUUUACAUAUGCUCUGAAAUAAUAUUUGGUUGGGGAAAGUAUAACUAUUAUCCAUCUUUGCAGGUACAUGAGGCUUAUUGUAGUGGAGUCUCUCCGAUUGUACCCGCAACCUCCUCUGCUUAUAAGACGCAGUCUGAAAUCUGACAAAUUACCAGGUAUAUCCACAUCUAACAUGAAGAAAGCAUUUCAGUUUUUAUAGUGUGCAUGAUUGUAAUAUUCCUUUUGAUAUGAGGGGAAGUGCUGUUUCAGUGACUAGAUUCGUUACAGAUCUAGUUUUAGGGGACUGCAUGCUUACCAUAUUUGGUUAAGAACAAAGGUUUUUAAGCCAAGGAUCUUCAAGAUCUGAUUUUGUCCUAGUUUCCUGAUUUUCAAGCUUUCUGAAAGAGGAGAUAGAAAUGUUUCGAGGCCCUGUGUAUGGGAGUUCCUGCAGAAACCAAACCCUAGUGUGAAAAUAUUUUAGUUUUGUUAACAGUAAUGGAUUGGAGGCUAUAUCUCCCUUGUCAUAGCUUUAAAAUAUAAAUUUACAGUUUCCUUUUAAAUGACAAUUUAAACCUUAUAACGUCGUUUAUAUGUCAAACAUUGCUGAUGAACAUACAAGUUGCAUUUCUUCAGACCGACGGUGAAGCACAAACAGAGUUCAUGGAGGAAUCAUGUAAGAAGGCAAAAAGGAUGAGUUCUAUAUCGAAGGGCAUUAAAUUGAUUAUAAAAACAUAUAGACUAUCCAAAUCAAGCCUUUAUUCUUGGGUGAAACUUCCUAAGAUCCAAAAAGCUUACCAUUAGCAGUGAUCUUCCAGAAAGUGUCCUUUUAUUUCCUCCAGAAGAUUAGAAGGUGUGUGGUAUGUGAUUGUAUAUGAUUUGGAGAGAGAGAUCUAUGUGGAGACGGGAUGAUUCUUAUCUCGUAUAGGCAGUUUCAGAAAAUCUUUUUAAUAGACCUUGUUCAAGUAAAACCUAUGGAAUAUUUUUAUAUAUAUAUAUUCCUUUAUUUUUGUUGGUUGCUUCUAGCGGGUCAGAUCUUAUUCCAAAAAUAGAGUUCAGGAAGGAGCAUGAACAAUGUUUAACUGUCACUGGAGUUUCCCUCUGCAGCUGGGAACCUCUAGUAGGAUGAUCCAUUCAUUCAUCCUUAUCACAUAGUGUACAUCUCAUGACUCUAGAAAAGAAACUGAGAUGCUUCAUUUCAUAUUUUAUUAGGUUUAAUUCCUUCAGAUGAUAAUUUGAUUGAUAUCACCUAUGAUUUAAUUUCUGAAUGUUCAUCGUACUGAUUUCUAGGAGGAUACAACGGUGAUGGAAAUGGAUAUGAAAUCCCUGCGGGAACAGAUUUAUUUAUUUCAGUGAGUAAAAUAUUUUAUUUCUAAUUUCUCCUAUCCAUAAGUUCUUUAUAUUAUUUUAUAUUUUGAAGUAACAUUCUUUGAUGGUUCCUUGCUUUCUUAAUCAUAUCUACUGAAUGAUUUUUCCUUUUUCAUAAUUGUUUUUUGAUAAAAAAAAUUAUAUUAGCUUGGUGUUUGAAUUAUUCUCUUGGAAAUAAAAGGAAGGAAUUUAUAUUUCAAGUGUAAUUAUUUGCAAACAUAAUGUAUUCCAGAUGCUCACAGAGGAUAAGUUGAUGGGUUAAACGAAACCACAAAGAUGAAUAGUCGGAAAAUUAAAUUUUCAGAAAAUAAGCUGAAUGGAUCCUGGCAGCUCGAGGAAAUUACUCGAGAAUCGAUAAAUAUGCAGUUGCUAAAUUCUUUAAUGACUUCUUAUGAAGCCAUACUAUUAGGCCGUUGACAUCAGUCUCACCAACUUGGGAAGAGUUUUACUUCCUGUUUUAGUCAGGCAAUUGUAAAUUUUUCUUUUAAGUAUGGCACUUAUAUGUGAAGCUGAAUCUCCUAUAAUCUCCCUCCACUUAUUUUCAUUAAAUUCAUCAAAUCUCUAGUAGGAGACCGGGAGGAGCCUAAAUUGAGAAACAUAAUGGCUUCUACUCUUAGUAUUCUGCCCUCCUCUUGGUGCAAAUUUUUACUAGAUAUGACUAUGUUCUUUCCUCCAAUUCUUAUCAGAAGAUGUGUCCCUCUCCGUAUUGAUCCCCCAGGUUUCUGAUUCUUACUUAGCUGAAAUGAUUUGCCUGGGCAUAUGUUUCUCUAGGUAUACAACUUACACAGGUCUCCAUACUUUUGGGACCGGCCUAAUGAAUUUGAGCCAGAGAGAUUCCUAGUCCAGAAGGACAGUGAUACCGAAGGCUGGGCAGGUUUUGACCCAGAGCGAAGCCCAGGAGCUUUAUAUCCAAAUGAGGUCCUUUUUUUAAUCUUAUUUUCUCUCUCCCCAACCAGGAUAUUAUUAUGGGCAGUUCUCGUGUUCUUGCUGAUGCCUGGAGAAUUUUUCUUGCAGAUAAUCUCAGAUUUUGCAUUUCUGCCUUUUGGCGGGGGACCACGCAAGUGUGUUGGGGACCAGUUCGCCCUCAUGGAAUCCACCGUAGCCCUGGCUUUGCUGCUACAGAAGUUCGAUGUGGAGUUGAGGGGGUCGCCCGACGCAGUGGAACUUGUCACCGGGGCGACGAUUCACACGAAGAACGGUCUCUGGUGUAAAUUGAGGAGGAGAGCUUGA